AUGUCGGUCUCAGCAGCAUUGAAGAGUCGGGUCAGGAGGCCAAGUUAUCUCAAGAAGAUUGCUAAGGCUGAGGAUUUGCUUCAUCACUUCCCCAAUGGAGCAUACAUUGGCUGGAGUGGCUUCACUGGUGUGGGAUACCCAAAAAAGAUCCCCACGGCCAUGGCCGACCAUGUCGAGAAGAACAAUCUUCAGGGCCAGCUCAAGUACAAUCUCUUUGUUGGUGCAUCAUCAGGUGCAGAGACUGAGAACCGAUGGGCACGUCUCAAUAUGAUCGAGCGCCGGUCGCCGCAUCAAGUCGGCAAGGAAAUUGCCAAGGGUAUCAAUAACGGCAACAUCAACUUCUUCGACAAACAUCUUAGCAUGUUCCCUGUCGACUUGAUGUAUGGGUUCUACACAUUGAACAAGCCUCACAACAAGCUAGACGUCACCAUUGUGGAAGCAUCCGCCAUCACUGAGGACGGUGGCAUCAUCCCUGGAGCCAGUGUUGGCGCAUCACCCGAACUGAUUCAGAUGGCCGAUAAGAUCAUCAUCGAGGUCAACACCGCAGCUCCUUCUUUCGAAGGUUUACAUGACAUUACUAUGACUGAUCUUCCACCACGCCGAAAGCCUUAUCUCAUCAUGUCUCCGGAGGAUCGCAUCGGCACACCACACAUCCCUGUUGACCCAGAGAAGGUCGUGGCGAUUGUAGAGAGCGACUACCCCGAUCAGACCCAGCCCAACGCCGCUGAGGAUGAAACCUCAAGGGCUAUUGCCGCGAACCUGAUUGAGUUCUUGAAACACGAAGUUAAGCACGGCCGCCUACCAGAGAACCUUCUACCCAUUCAGUCUGGUAUUGGAAACAUAGCCAACGCUGUUGUUGGUGGACUUGCUUCUGGUGGUGCAAACUUUAAGAACCUUAAAGUAUGGACCGAAGUUCUCCAAGACUCCUUCCUUGACCUCUUCGACUCUGGCAACCUGGACUUCGCAACUGCGACUUCAAUUCGCUUCUCUCCUGACGGCUUCCACCGAUUCUACGAGAACUGGGACCGAUAUGCACCCAAGCUACUGCUCCGCUCCCAGCAAGUCUCCAACUCCCCUGAAAUUAUCCGACGUCUCGGUGUCAUUGGAAUGAACACGCCCGUUGAAGUCGACAUCUAUGCCCAUGCCAACUCAACAUGUGUCAUGGGUAGCCGCAUGCUCAAUGGUCUCGGUGGGUCCGCCGACUUCCUUCGUUCUUCCAAGUACUCCAUCAUGCACACACCCUCGUCGCGUCCUACUAAGACCGAUCCAACUGGUGUAUCCUGCAUUGUUCCCAUGUGCACUCAUAUCGAUCAGACCGAGCAUGACCUCGACGUCAUCGUCACCGAGCAAGGUCUCGCCGAUGUCCGUGGUCUCUCUCCCAAGGAGCGUGCCCGCGUCAUCAUCAAGAAGUGCGCCCACCCCGACUACGUACCAAUUCUCGAAGACUACUUCAACAAGGCAGAGUUUGAAUGCCUAAGGAAGGGCUGGGGUCAUGAGCCGCAUCUGCUGUGGAACAGCUUCGACAUGCACAAGCACUUGAACGAGCACGGCACCAUGAAGCUGCCCAAGUGGGACUACUCUAGUGCGGAGAAGGCCAUUUCAACCAUUGCUGCCGUAGACGACCCAGUGUCCCACAACUCGCAAGAGUCGGUCCAGUCUGCCGUCUCUAGCACCUUCUCGGCCCCGGCACUACCCUCCUCCUCGAGCAACCUGUCUACCUCCACCACUGCCGAGACGGACCUCACCACCCUCUCGUCGACCAAUGUAGCAAAUCAAAGUAAACCUCUAGAGGCACCAAUGCCUAAACCGUCGAGCCAGACUGCUGCUGGAGACGUGCCAGCUGCACCGCGCAUCGAUACAGCCGCCGCCAAUGCGCUGCAGAAUGGGCCAGUGCCCGAAGCGCCAUCGGUACGCACAUACGCACACAAGAGGAACAAGAGCAUGGAUACACACUCAGGUACUCGCAUUGGAGAGUUAUCCGCACAGCUUAAGACGCGUCUUUCCUACGCCAUGGUCAAAGUCCAGAACGGCUGGGAGAAGCAGUCACUUGACGAGCUCGAAGAAAGCCAGUCACAACGCGGUUCGCCCAAUUCUGCUCCUGGGAGGAGUGAUCAACUAGCGUUUGACUCGCCUGGUACUACCGACCGCCAACGAAGACCAAGCGGCGUCUCUGAUAUAUCGGACCAAAUGAUCAUGUCCCCUGCUUCUGACCCAACUCGAUCACUCGCAGGAACCCCAGCUUCCUACUGGCGGCCGGGUACGCGUCCCGCAAUGAAUGCUGCGGCAAACCUCAUCUCUAUCACCGGAGCACAUCCUGGCUAUGGCCUUGCACCAGCCCCGACCUUCCAGAGUAGGCGGAGAAGUCGCUCGAGCGUCUCACAUGUACCCCCUCCACUACUCGGAGCUAGCCAAAGGAAACACUACAGUGAUGUCGGUGCAGGCCCGCGGUCGCCAGCAACCCCUCGAGCAGGUAUCCUUCGUAUGCCAAGUCAACAAGCAGAAAAAGACGCUGUUGAUACACUGCUUUUCAUGAGCAGCCCCAACAAUUCACAACGCUUCCCGGCGAGCAGCCAGCCUCAACCAAGUCCACUCAGAGCUGAAGCGCCUCAACGACGCGUCAUGUUCGAGGCCUACCCCCCACAAGACCGGCGCGCCAUGUAUCAGCCAUCAAUGCCUGCUCCACCUCAUCACCACCAACACGGACCGUACCCCGCAUAUCCAGCGAGAUAA